AUGAAAGGAUUAAGUGCAGCAAUGCAGGAUGAGAAAGAGGAGAUGACAUGGAAGUUUUCCCUGCUGUCCUUACUCUCAGACCUGGACCCAGAUUGGACUCCCAGUCCCUACGAGUACAGUGAAGAAGAUGACAACCAGGAGGGGACCAGCAGCCCACCCACCUACUCCGAGAACCCUGACUGGUACUAUGAAGAGGAUGACCCCUGCCAGUCCAACCCCUGUGAGCAUGGAGGGGACUGCCUCAUCAGCGGGGACACCUUCACGUGCAGCUGCUCCGCCCCUUUCCAUGGAAGCAGGUGUCAGAAGGUACAAAACAAAUGUAAGAACAACCCAUGUGGCAAAGGAGAAUGUCUUGUUACUCAGAACCCUCCCUACUACCGCUGUGCUUGUAAGCACCCUUACAGGAGUCCAGACUGCUCUACAGCGGUUCCUGCAUGCAGGCCAAAUCCUUGCCAAAAUGGCGGCACCUGCUCCAAGAAUCGACGGAGAUCCAAGUUUACCUGUACCUGUCCUGGCCAGUUCAAGGGAAAAUUCUGUGAAAUAGGUCCUGGUGACUGCUAUGUUGGUGAUGGCUACUCUUACCGAGGAAAAGUGAGUAAGACAGUCAACCAGCACUCAUGUCUUCACUGGAACUCCCACCUCCUCUUGCAGGAGAACUACAACAUGUUUAUGGAGGAUGCCGAGAUUCAUGGGAUUGGGGAACACAACUUCUGCAGAAACCCAGAUGGUGACCAAAAGCCCUGGUGUUUCAUCAAAGUAAACAACGCAAAGGUGAAAUGGGAGUACUGUGAUGUCACAGCCUGCUCGGCCCUAGACAUGACUGACCCAGAGGAAAGCCCCACAGAGCUCAUGACCAAGCUUCCAGGGUUUGACUCCUGUGGCAGGACUGAGAUAGCAGAGAGGAAGAUCAAGCGGAUCUAUGGAGGCUUUAAGAGCACAGCGGGCAAGCACCCUUGGCAGGCAUCCCUGCAGACUACACAGCCCUUGACCGUGUCCAUGCCCAGCGGCCACUUCUGUGGGGGGGCCCUAAUCCACCCCUGCUGGGUGCUGACUGCCGCUCACUGCACUGAUAUAAAAGCCAAACAUCUGAGGGUAGUGCUGGGAGACCAGGAUCUGGAGAAGACAGAAUUCCAUGAGCAGACCUUUGGGGUGGAGAAGAUAUUCACGCACAGCAACUAUAAUGAAAGAGAUGAGAUUCCCCAUGAUGAUAUUGCUUUGCUCAAGUUAAAGCCAGUGAAUGGUCACUGUGCUCUGGAAUCAAAGUACGUGAAGACCGUGUGUUUGCCUGAUGUCUCCUUUCCCUCUGGGACCGAGUGCCACAUUUCUGGCUGGGGUGUUACAAAGACAGGGGAAGGAUCCCGCCAGCUCCUGGAUGCCAAAGUCAAGCUGAUCUCCACCAAUCUGUGCAACUCCCGCCGACUAUAUGACCGUAUGCUUGAUGACAGCAUGAUUUGUGCCGGAAACCUGCAGAAGCCAGGACCAGACAGCUGCCAGGGUGACUCUGGAGGCCCUCUCACCUGCGAGAAGGAUGGCACCUACUAUGUCUACGGGCUAGUGAGCUGGGGCCUGGAAUGUGGGAAGGUGCCCGGAGUCUACACCCAAGUUACCAAAUUCCUGAACUGGAUCAAAACUACCAUCCAAAGGGCAGAAAGCUUCUAA